AUCAAGGGGAGAGCGUGCUACUUUGUACACAUGGCCCUGCUUUCUCGGGCGAGGAGAGCGUCAGCAUUCCUAUGUAUGUGUCACAGUGGCACGGAGGAGGGGUUGGGCUUGCUUUCCUUAUGCAAGCUUCCUUGCUCAGUGGCCUUAUUCCUCAGUAGUCAAAAACGGGGCCAGGAGGACUUGCCCGUUCGUUGAAUCCCUGGGUUUCAAGGUUAAGGUUUCCAGUCUGACUUUGGGCACCACAACGCUGUGACCACCACCAUCCCUGCCUCCACACAGCAAAGCCCUACAGCCUGAGUGAGUCUGGGGAUAUUUCUGAUGCCUUCUGGGCCUGACACGGUGGUUGCCACUCACUCCCUUCACUUACCAGUGCACCUGCCACCCAGGAACAGCACGUCUCCCGCUUUCGGCAGGACUUCGACUACAAAAACUCCGAAGUUUGCUGGAAACUGAACCCCCUGGACACUGAGAAGGAACAAGCAGAAUCAUAAAUCACUGGAGCCUCAGACUGAAGGAAGGAAUCCAGUUCUUGUGGGUCUCCUAGAAGAUGCUCUACUUGUUCUGGACAGUACCUUUCAUACUAGUAGGAGCUCAGAGCCCAUUUGACGGCUACAACCAGAGGACAGCUCAAGCCUGUACUGGGAGUAGCUCCCGCAGCAAUACAGUUUGAUCACUGCUUUGUGUGCAGAGCCGGGAAGAAGCAUUUGUUCUGGUAGUGGCUGCAAACGGAGGUUGAAACUUGAACAAAACUUCUUUGAUAUUGAAGGGACAUUGUUCCUGUGCACUCAGCAAUAGCGAUGGAGGAUCUCAGCUCAUCAACAUUGUGUAUGGCAGGGAAUUUUCCUGGAUUCCAUCAAGAUGGCAUGAUCCAGCGAGCCCGGACGCUGAAGGGCAAGCCCAAUGCCAACUGCCGGCGAAAGCGAGAGUUCAUCUCCGAUGAGAAGAAGGAUGCCUGCUAUUGGGAGAAGCGCCGAAAGAACAACGAGGCCGCCAAGCGCUCCAGAGAGAAGCGCCGUUUUAAUGAUCUGGUGCUGGAGAACAGGGUGCUGGCACUCAACGAGGAGAAUGUGCGCCUCAAAACAGAACUCCUACAACUCAAGCUCCGCUUUGGGCUCAUCAGCACUUCAGCUUUUAUGGAGAAGAGCCAGCAGCUGAGCACGGCCACUGCCAACUCCACCGCACACUUAUAUGAGAGCAAUGAGAGCAGUGACUACUCCAGCUCCCUCUCCCGGGCCCAUCACUCGGAGGACUCUUCCGAAACUGAGCAGUCAAGCCGGGACAGUGGCAGCGUGUCAGUCACCAAGUAUUCACCCCGGGGCUCCCUAUCGGACAUGUCGGAUGGCUCCUCCCGAGACAGCCCAGUGCCUCAAACGCUUGGUGAGGCCCAGGCCAUCAGCCGAGCCUAUGGGGAGGCUCCCUUGCCGCACAACCACUUGGAGACCAAGGGGCAAGUUCCUCGGGGGGUAAUUCUCUUCAGUGCCAAUGGCUUCACUGCAGUGGCACCACCCCGGCCUUUGUUUUCCGAACAGGAGGAGGAAGCAGAAAGCUGUGUUGUUGAACCCCCCAGAAGCCCCUGUCCAGAGCCCAAGGCUCAUUACCAACAAGAAGAGACACCAGCCCACCCUGGGUAUUGCUCAAAGUCCCAGAGUUAUGGCACACCCACUGAUUAUGUGGAAGGAGAGCUUACCCAGACGGAGCACACGAGGAAAGCUCAGGAUCCCCGGUCUCCCUAUGAGGGCUACACCAGUGAGGAGAGUGGGGAGGAGCCCAGUUGGGUGUGUUCGCCUACAUCUUUCCCAGUGCCCCUGGAGGCUCACCCAGAUGUAAAGACGGCGGCAUUGCCUCAUAAGCUUCGACUCAAGUGCAGGGCACACAGCAGUGGUGUCCAAGAGCCCUGCCCUGCUCCCAGCACCACACCGACUGACUGCUGCCCGGAGGGCCCCAUGGCACCUGAGUGGGACAGCGACCGGCAUGAGGAAAUGUCCGUUCUGGUGCGGCAAGCCUUGCUCCUCAACGAUCAGUCCCCAUCCUCAGCUGGAACUCUGGAAAGACUUCUGUGUCGCACCUCAGGGCUCCACUUGGACAAUUCAUUAUCGAAUGACCGCAUCAGCAGGUGGGAGGAUGGCUGUCAUGAUGAUGACCCAAGGCCUACUUGACUCUGGGUGGGAAAGGAUUUGGAAGGGGUUUCUCCUUUUUUUGUUUCUUAAAACUGACCAGGGGUUUUGUAUAACUCUCCAUGACGAGACCAGGCUCGAAUUUGGGGAGAGGAGAGGAUCUUGUUCUCUCCAAGCUCCAGCACUUCUGGAAUAGAAGAGAGUCGGGAACCACAGAGUGGGAAGGGAUCGUUGGUUGGUUGAUCUCAUGACGAGACAGACUGUGGAACUACUGAGUUCGAGAAGGCGGCAGGAUCCCUGGGCUCUGGGAUUCAGUGACAUAGGUGGGGUCUCUCUCGUGGAGCCCAGUCCGUCAUUGCAAGAGACAGUUCGGGUCGUGACCAGCAAUGAACACUGAGAAGUGAGCGUCUGCUCCAAACCUUGCUGGCACUGAGGAUCUUCAACAAACCCAAGUGGGUCGCUGGGGGGUUGGUGAUGGACUACAUGGUUUCUCUCUGUCUUGAACUGUUUGGUAUGACAGAGAUAUUUGUGUUUUUGAAUACUGAAAUAAAUGUACAAAAUUCUUUAACAACA